CUUCCUCCACCUUGACGGUCAGGUAUACGGAUUUGAUCGAAAACUAAUGAAACUGGAAUUUCGCAGCGACUUCAAAAUAGGGGACGUUCAAAUGGACUAUAAACAGAAAUGUUUAAUGUAAGGUGAAGAAGACAGCAUUAAUUUGGGAGUCAGUUGGUGGACGCACCGUGUAUACUACCUUGGAGCCAGUAAGUCAUGUCUGCCGGCACCGCAGGCAGUCUGAGCCGCAGCUCAGGGCCCGGUAGCUACAGGCAUGGGCCAAACCAGAGCAGCAGCCAGAGGUCGUCGUAUGAGGAGCGCUGUGUGGACCCAGUGGAAGACAGGCUACCCACACCAGAGCCAAAGACAGUCCACAAAGCUCACCUAAAAGAUGCAAAUGGUAAGGAGUCUGAGACCAUUGGCUUCAUUCCUGGCUCAGCUGAUGCUCCCUCUGCAGCACAAACUUGCAAUCCCUGCGCCUCUUCAAAGAGCUGUAGGACCUUUGUGUGCAGUGUGCUGACCUGUGGCCUGUAUAGGGUCUGCCAGCGUUCCAUUCUUGCUCCAUGCCUGGCACCAAACGAGAGCUCCCCAGAUGAGCCAGAGAAGGUGAGCCUCCGAAAUAUGAACCAAGGAGACAACAAAGAGGAGGAGACAGACUGGCUAGGGGACGUUCACAUUGCUGGAGUCAAAGUGGAUAGUCCCAGGGAGUAUUUAGAGGUCGAAACCAAAUCUCCAUCAUCAUAUGUGUCUCAGGCUAGUGGUCAGACACAGCCCAGGAAUUCCUCCCUUCACGAGUCCAUGAGGUUUGAUGACUGGGAGGAUGGCGAGGAGGAUGUGGACUCUCUGAUUACUAAGAAGCUGCUGGAGCUCUACUCUGAAUAUCAGAUUGAAGAGCUGGCCAGGUGCACCUCAGACUCAGUGUUUCUGAGGAAGAGCAAGGCCAUCAAUCAGCUCAUCAACUCACUGGCAGAAGAGCACAAAAUGGACGAGCAAGAGGCUGAGUGUCGACUGGUGCGCGGCAUCAUUCGCAUAAGCACUCGGAAGAGUAAGAGGAGGCCCCACACCUCGAAGACAGAGAGGACGGUGUCUGACAGCGGGAAUGAAACCAUGAAGGAGAGCGAUUCCUUGUCAUUCAGCAACAAUAAUGACUACAAAUCCAAUCCAAACAUCCAAAUAUCAGAGCUGACCUCCUCUGACAAGUGUGCCAGGGACAUGUGGAGAAACAAUGGUGGUCAUACUUCUACUUCUCCAACAACCUACUCGCCCUCUCACACAGAGACUAACUCUUCAGGUGUCUCACUAAUUCGCUCCUCUGUGAGAACAUGAUUCUUGCACCACACUGGAGGUCUGUACUUAAAUUAUUUGUCAUGCUGUGUCCACAAGGUCACAUAUGAGACUUUUGAAAGGGGACGCUACUUGCACAGGAGUCUCUGGCUGAGCCAAGCUCUUUGUAGAGACCAUGGCUUUGCUGUGGAAAAAGAAAAUGUGAAAAUUCACAUUGUCUGAAGGACGUCAGUGAACUCAGGGCUCUGUGUGUACAUAUUUAUGUUUGAUGAAUGUUAUAUGUGUAUUCGAAGGAUUGUUUGAUUUAGAGCUUGUCCUGCAGGCAGAUACAACCAGCAGCUCUUAAAUAUUGUCAUACAAUUAACCGUCCCCUCAUCUUUGAAGGAGAUAUGUUCAUGAAACCUUAUUCUUAAUUCACUGGUCAGAUUAUUGUGCUGUUGUUAUGCAAAGGACAUUGAAAUUAGAUCUAUAAAAGUAAAAUAUAGAGUUGCAUUUUUGGCACAUUUCAUUUGCAUUUUUUGUGUGUGAUUUUAAACUGUACUCCAUUGAGUGGUUAUGUAACACCUAUUUACAGUUAGUGAUUCUCGAUUAAUGAUCAGAAAUUAUGUUCUGAUGAUUUUCAUAAUUUGACAUUUUUCAAAAUGAUGAGAGCAGAAAAUCACUGUUUGAAAGGUUUCAAUAAUAUAAAAGGAUGAAGUUAAGAAUAUUUGGUCAGAAGUAAAAGUAGUGUCAAAUGAUCCUGUAAAUAUGAUUUUAGUGUGUUUUAUGUGUGCCAGGUGGUACAUUAGACAUGAGAAUGGGAUUUUAUGUUAAAAUGUGACAUAACAAAAUUCUGUCAAAGAAAUAAUUUGAUUUGCUUUAUUGUCAAGACUUCAAAGAGAGGACUGGUGCCACUCUCAUGUCUGUAUACUGUAAAUGACAGCCAAUGACAGCCAGUUAGCUUAUCUUAGCAUUAAGAGUGGAAACAGAUGGAAAAAGGUAGCCUGUAUCUGUCCAGGGUAACAAAAUUAGCAGAGGAAGGCUUUAUAAGCUCACUGAUUAACACAUUAUAUUUUGUUUGAAGUGGGAAAGCAACAUGGUUUUACAGGGAGUUAUUUACAAGACUGUUUCUUGGCUGAAACUUUUUACUUUAUGGUUUUUUUACUUAUUAAACCAAUGAGAUACAAUAUGUUAAUUACUGAGCAUAAGAGGUGCUGGGUAGCCAUUUUUAUUACCUUUGGAUACGCCCAGACUAGCUUUUUACCAUGAUUUCCAUUUAAGCUAUGCUAACCAACUGUUGGCAGCAGCUCCUUAUUUACUGUACAGACAUGAGAGGGAUACUGUAUUGUCUUGGGAAGAAAACAAAUAUAUUUCCCAAAAUGUAAUAUCUGUUUUGUUUUUUACACUGAGGAAAGAGAAUUGAAAAAAGUUAAAGCUAUGGAAGAAGUAAGUUGACCUUGAAUUAGAUUUUUUUUAUGUCAAAAUUCAGUUUCUGUUGUGACUUUAAUGUGGCGUAUGACUUUUUCUUUUCAAAGCAGAUGAUUGUUAGUGUCAUAACAUGAAGUUCAUAUGAAGCAGAUAUCUCUCAACCCUGUGGUUAAUGCACUCUGGAUUUUGUUGUAGGCCAUUUGCAGUUCUGUCUGCACCUGAACUCUCCAACAAAAAGAUGUUAUGAAAGCUGGUGUGAACUGCAGCUAUAGUUCAGGUUUUAUCAUGUACUAUAACUUAAUAGUGACAUUAUCCCAGGCUGUGUCAUGAAGUAAUCAUUCCAGUAAUCAUGUAUGCUGUGUUUGCUCCUGGGUCCUGAUGGGAAUUUGGCCAGCUGAUUUAAGUGGAUUUUUUUCAGCACUGUGUCUUUCCUAUCAGCAUUAGCUUAUGGUUAACUGUUGGUCAUGGACCUUGUUGUAGUGGCUUCAGUUAAUACACAUGGGUAGAUUAUAGAUAUAUUCUAAACAUAUGGUUCAACUGUCCAGAUUAUGUUUUUUUCUUCUUGGAUCUAUCCUGUGUUUGAAUUAUAUGUAUAAGGAAUAAACUACUUUUUUUUGCCUUAAGCUAAUAUGGUCCCAGAUGCUUUAAACAAUUUAACACCACAGUGUCUUUUUAGUGAGUCUGGAAUUUUCCUGCAACAGCAGUGUCAUUAAAAUGAAAUGGUGCAAAACUGGUUGUUCUGGUUUAGACCAAGACACAGAAAAUGUAUAUUGACUAAUUAGAAAUGAUGAGUAUGUCUGUGUCAUAUAAAUGGCUAACUGUAACUAUCUUAACAUGCUUCUUAUUUCAACUUGUUGAAAUGUCUGUUAAAACAUAGCAUUAUGUUCUUAUUCACACAUUAGACCAUACUUUGUCAAGUUUCUGGAAACAAAGUAUAAUGCUUGGGUCUAUACCAAUAGGAACUUUAUAUUUUCAGCAAAGUUGUUGUCAGGUCCUGGUUCUUCUUUCAACAGUAAUCCAUCUUUUAACAGAUGUGUUAUUAUAAAACAAUAAAGUAAAUGAAGUGAAACAAAAA